AUGGACGAAGGACUAGAAUGUGAUCGGGUGUCUGUACAUGCAGAGGAGGCAGCAUUAUAUUUCCAGGCCCCGGGUCCCACUGUCAGCUUCUACAAGCUCCGCUAUUGUGUCAAGAAGCGCACAGGAAUAAUCAGCGGGAAAUGGAUGGAGAAGGAGGUUCUCAAAGAUGUCAGUGGUAUUAUGAAGUCUGGGAUGAAUGCCAUCAUGGGUCCUACAGGUAGCAGAAAGACAUCGCUUCUAGAUGUACUUGCUGGCAGGAAAGACCCCAAAGGCUUAAAAUCAGGCCAGGUUCUGGUUGACAACUCUAUUAUGACCACCAGAAUCCGGCUCUCUGCUGCUUAUGUGGUUCAGAAUGAUGUUCUGAUGGGUACUCUGACUGUCAAGGAGAACCUCACAUUCUCUGCCAAUCUGCGGCUCUCCCCAGCAGACUACACUUCAUUAGACAAAGCAGAGAAUGUCGACUCGGUCAUCCAGGAGCUGGGCUUGAAGGACUGUGCAGACACCAAGAUUGGCGCAGAGUUUUUGCAGGGAGUAUCUGGCGGCGAGAGGAAGAGGUGCAGCAUUGGCAUGGAGCUUAUCACCUCCCCCUCUCUGCUCUUCCUGGAUGAGCCCACUACAGGCCUGGACUCCAACACGGCCAGUGCCAUCGUCGCCCUUCUGCAUAAUCUCUCCAGGAAAGGGAAGACUGUCAUCUUUUCCAUCCACCAACCUCGCUUUUCCAUCUUCCGGCAGUUUGAUCACCUUACUCUCCUGAACAAGGGGGAAGUCGUCUACGCAGCAGCUGCAGACCAGGCCAUUAGCUACUUCGAAGGACUAGGUUAUAAAUGUGAGCCGUUUAAUAACCCAGCAGAUUUCUUCCUUGACAUCACCAAUGAAAACUUAUUUCCUCAGGGUGAUGCUGGCAAAUCAGAGACCCUGAAUAGUGGUGAUAUAAUGCUGUCGUGUGAGAAUCCUCUGGCAUUGAGGUACAGGCAGUCAUCCCAGUACUGCCAACUCACUGAACAUCUGCAGGAGCUGACACAAGGUCUCAGCCUGCAGGCCAAGACAGGCAGUGACCAGGCCUGUUAUGCUACGUCCUUCUGUUACCAGCUCAGGUUAGUGAGCAGCCGCACAGUGAAGAACAUCCUGAAGAACCCUCAGACCUCCUAUGCACAGCUGUUCCUUAACAUUUUCUUCUGCAUUCUGGUGGGACUGAUCUACUGCCAGAUCCCUCACACCUUGCCUGAGGCUCUGCAGAACAGAACUGGCGCAUUCUUCUUCCUGGUCAUCAACAUGGUCUUUGGCAACCUUUCUGCAGUUGAGCUCUUCAUUAGUGACAGAGUACUUUUCAUCCAUGAAAAUUCCAGUGGCUACUACCGCACAUCUGUGUACUUUCUGUCCAAAGUAUUUGCUGACCUCAUUCCAAACCGCAUACUCCCUGUCUUUUUCUCUGCAAUUCCAUACUUCAUGAUGGCCUUAAAGCCUAAGGUUGAAGCUUUCUUCCUGUUCUGUCUGACGAGUCUGAUCAGUCUAGCAGCAGUGAGCCUGGCUUUCCUGGUCAGUACCAGUGUGGGUUCUUUUGCCAUGGCUAACAUUCUUAUCGCUCUGCCAUUUGUUUUCAUGAUGGUGUUUGGCAGCUUCUUGGUGAACCUGAACUCCAUGCUCAGCUGGAUGUCCUGGCUGAAGUGGUUCAGUAUAUUCCGCUAUGGAUUUAACGUGAAGCUAAGAGAGCAAGUGUUCACCAGCAACUACACAAUAAUGACAGGUGAAAUGUAUCUGGAUCAACAAGAGAUUGAUCACAGCACCUGGGGAUUCUGGCAGAACCUGGUGGCUCUGACAGGCAUCAUGUGUGUGUGUCUGAUGCUCGCCUACGUACAGCUCUGCCGGAUCAACCGCUGGAGGUGAGGGAGCAGGGAGAAGUGGAACAACCACCCAGACUGAGCAAACUCAACUAUCAAUUGAUAGUCAUAAGACACUUGAAUAAAUACCAAAAUUGUCUUCCCACAAAAAAAUAAAAAAUAAAAUAAAAAUAAAAAUUUGGGGGGUUAACAUACCAUGUGUGUGUGAGACAAUGAGCCCUACCAGUCUGGCUCGAUAUACUACUAGACCUGGAUCAGACAUCCAAGUCAACAUUGCCUUGAUUUGGCCAUUGGAUAUAGGUCAGCACAAACCCUAUACUAGGUAGAAGCAUGCUUCUCCAAUAUAAGUUACACUCUUCAAAAGGCUUCCCAAAAUGUGCUUGGUUCAACAAUUUAAUGUGGGAUAUGUAGUUAAGAGUCCUGUGUGAGUCAGGCUGCAUUAAAAAACUGCACUUCUACAAAAUCAGCAAGAUGUAGAAGAUUAACCUCUUUUGCCUUUGGCACUAGCCCUGCAUGAGGGUAAAGGGCAAGUGUUCACCAUAACGCGUUACCAAACAGUUUAAAAAGUAACUACAAAAUUCAGGCUUACAGUAAUCUACCCUUGAAUAGGAUAAGUGAAUGAUGGGGUUUAAUUGACCAUUGAGUGGGUCAUAAAUGUUACCUGUAAAUGAAGGAAAACUCCCCCUUUUGAAAUUGUUCACCCCCUACUGGUCUACAAGGUCAUAAGCACCCAUCCUUUAAACUUGCUGCUUCUGGGAUAGCUUGGACAAUAACAGCAAAUUAAAAUGAGUUCUUUACUACAUAAAUUGAUUUGGGUUUCUUUAAUUUCAUUUAAAAAAAAAAACCGAAAAAAAAAAAAAAAAAACCAAGACAAACCCACAAUAGUUCAGUAUAAACAGAGCCAAGCAGACUGAAGCUUAUGACAAUCAAGAGGCAGUAAGGGCAGGCUACCAGAGGUCAAGACAAAAUCAGGUCUGGGUUAACA